GGGUCCAUGUGGUGAGCAGGCUGAGCGGUGCUAGUUACUACUGGGAGCAGCCAGUGGGUGGGCAGCAUGGGCUUUGAGGAGCUGCUGGACAAGGUGGGUGGCUUCGGGCCCUUCCAGCUCCGGAAUCUGCUCCUACUGGCCCUGCCUCGAGUGCUGCUCCCCCUGCAUUUCCUACUGCCUGUCUUCCUGUCUACCACACCCGCCCAUCACUGUGCUCUGCCUCAAGCCCCGGCCAACUUCAGCCACCAGGACGCAUGGCUGGAGGCCCACCUGCCCAGGGAGCCCGACGGCACAUUUAGCUCCUGUCUUCAAUUUGCCUCCCCCUGGGUUCUCCCCAACACCACCCUGGGGGGACUGAUGCAGAGUCCUGGGGACCUGGAAAGCCAACCCUCCACAGUGCCCUGCUCCCAGGGCUGGGAAUAUGACCGCUCAGAAUUCUCUUCCACCAUUGCAACUGAGUGGGAUCUGGUCUGUGAGCAGAAAGGCCUCAGCAAACUGACGUCCACCUUCUUCUUUGUGGGUGUGCUGGUGGGGGCUGUGCUCUUCGGAUAUCUGUCUGACAGGUUUGGGCGGCGCCGGCUGCUGCUGGUGGCCUAUGCGAGCUCCCUGGUGCUGAGCCUGGUGUCCGCAGCCUCUGUCAGCUAUGUCAUGUUUGUCAUCACCCGCACCCUCACUGGUUCAGCCCUGGCAGGGUUCACCAUCAUUGUGCUGCCACUGGAGUUGGAGUGGCUGGAUGUGGAACACCGGGUGGUGGCCGGAGUGCUGAGCACCAUCUUCUGGACAGGAGGAGUGCUGCUGCUGGCUCUGGUUGGGUACCUGAUCCGGGACUGGCGAUGGCUGCUGCUGGCUGCCACCCUGCCUUGUGUCCCAGGCAUCCUCAGCAUCUGGUGGGUACCUGAGUCUGCACGCUGGCUUCUGACCCAGGGCCGUGUGGAGGAGGCCAGAGGGUACUUGCUCCGCUGUGCCAGGCUCAAUGGUCAAUCAGUGGGUGAGGACGAACUGAGCCAGGAGGCCCUGAACAAAGUGGCCGAAGGGGAACGUGUGGUCCAGAGACCGUCCUACCUAGACCUGUUCCGAACGCCACGGCUCCGACACAUCUCGCUGUGCUGCGUGGUGGUGUGGUUCGGAGUGAACGUCUCCUAUUACGGCCUGACUCUGGACUUGUCGGGGCUGGGGCUGGACGUGUACCAGACGCAGCUGCUCUUCGGGGCAGUGGAGCUGCCCUCCAAGCUCCUGGUCUACCUGUGCGUUCGCCGCGCAGGGCGUCGCCUCACGCUGUCCGGGAUGCUGCUGGGCGCGGCCUUGACCUACGGGGUCAGACUGCUGGUGCCCUCAGGGACCAGGGCCUGGACCACCGCCCUGGCGGUUGUGGGAAAAAUGUUUUCUGAGGCGGCCUUCACCACCGCCUACCUCUUCACGUCGGAGCUGUACCCCACCGUGCUCAGACAGACGGGGCUGGGCCUGGCCUCGCUGGUGGGCAGGCUGGGGGGCUCUUUGGCCCCACUAGCGGCAUUGCUGGAUGGAGUGUGGUUGUUGCUGCCCAAGCUGGUUUACGGGGGCAUUGCCCUGCUGGCUGGCUGCAUUGCCCUCCUGCUGCCAGAGACCAGGAAGGCCCAACUGCCAGAGACCAUCCAGGAUGUGGAGAAAAUGAGCCAUCAGGAGGAAGAGAUGCAGUGUGGACUGAAUGGAACUGAGGAGAGGCACGCAGAGAAGCUCUGAAGCAGCACUGAGAGAGCAGAGGCAGAUUCUUGUGACUGGGGGUGGACCACAGAGCCUGCCUAGGGCUGAAGGUUGCUGUGUCCUCUGCCUGUGUUCAUCAGCCUUGACUGUUUGGCAAGUAGCAGGACAACCUCCCAGAAUGCCAUGGGCUGCUAGAGAUUCUGGGCACCCUUCUCUUGGCUGGGGGAUUCUGUGACUCUUUUCUAUAAAUAAAGGUACUUCUUGGGUUGAGGCAGCAA